GCCAGGGCGGGAGCGGAGGGCGGCGCUGAGGUGACACGGGCUGGAGAGGUGGAGCCAGGGAAUGGUGGGAGGGGGGCAGCCCGGAGCUCCAGGCAGAGACUCACCACAGGAGCCCGCCGUCUGCAUCCCGCACGCAUCAGCCGCCUCGAACUAUGAGCCGGAGGAGUCCUUUGCUCCGGUUCCCGCUGCUCCUGCUGCUUCUGCUGCCGCCGCCCCAGGUCCUGCCCGCGGAUCCCCGGACCCCCGCGCCGGUGAACCCCUGUUGUUACUACCCAUGCCAGCACCAGGGGAUCUGUGUCCGCUUCGGCCUUGACCGCUACCAGUGUGACUGUACCCGCACGGGCUAUUCUGGCCCCAACUGCACCAUCCCCGAGCUGUGGACCUGGCUCCGGAAUUCACUGCGACCCAGCCCCUCUUUCCUCCACUUCCUGCUGACGCAUGGGCGCUGGUUCUGGGAGUUCAUCAAUGCCACCUUCAUCCGUGACAUGCUCAUGCGUCUGGUACUCACAGCUCGGUCCAACCUUAUCCCCAGCCCCCCCACCUACAACAUAGCGCACGACUACAUCAGCUGGGAGUCCUUCUCCAAUGUGAGCUAUUACACCCGUGUUCUGCCCUCUGUGCCCCAAGACUGCCCCACGCCCAUGGGGACCAAAGGGAAGAAGCAGUUGCCAGAUGCCCAGCUCCUGGGCCAUCGCUUCCUGCUCAGGAGGAAGUUCAUACCUGACCCUCAAGGCACCAACCUCAUGUUCGCCUUCUUUGCACAACACUUCACCCAUCAGUUCUUCAAAACUUCUGGCAAGAUGGGUCCUGGCUUCACCAAGGCCUUGGGCCAUGGGGUAGAUCUCGGCCACAUUUAUGGGGACAACCUGGAACGUCAGUAUCAGCUGCGGCUCUUUAAGGAUGGGAAGCUCAAGUACCAGGUGCUGGACGGAGAGAUGUACCCGCCGUCGGUGGAGAAGGCGCCAGUGUUGAUGCACUAUCCACGGGGAGUUCUGCCCCGGAGCCAGAUGGCCGUGGGCCAGGAGGUGUUUGGGCUGCUUCCCGGGCUCAUGCUUUAUGCCACACUCUGGCUGCGUGAACACAACCGUGUGUGUGACCUGCUGAAGGCUGAGCACCCCACCUGGGGUGAUGAGCAACUCUUCCAGACCGCCCGCCUCAUCCUCAUCGGGGAGACCAUCAAGAUUGUGAUUGAGGAGUACGUGCAACAGUUGAGCGGUUACUUCCUGCGGCUGAAGUUUGACCCCGAGCUGCUGUUCAGCGCCCAGUUCCAGUAUCGCAACCGUAUCGCCAUGGAGUUCAACCAGCUCUACCACUGGCACCCACUCAUGCCUGACUCCUUCAAGGUGGGCUCCCAGGACUACAGCUACGAGCAGUUCCUGUUCAACACCUCCAUGCUCGUGGACUAUGGGGUCGAGGCCCUGGUGGACGCCUUCUCUCGCCAGAGCGCUGGCCGGAUUGGUGGGGGUAGAAACAUAGACCACCACGUCCUGCACGUGGCUGUGGAGGCCAUCAAGGAAUCCCGCGAGCUGCGGCUGCAGCCCUUCAAUGAGUACCGCAAGAGGUUUGGCAUGAGACCCUACACGUCCUUCCAGGAGCUCACAGGGGAGAAGGAGAUUGCAGCCGAGUUGGAAGAGCUGUAUGGAGACAUCGAUGCCUUGGAGUUCUACCCGGGGCUACUUCUGGAGAAGUGCCAUCCAAACUCCAUCUUUGGGGAGAGUAUGAUAGAAAUUGGGGCUCCCUUUUCCCUCAAGGGCCUCCUAGGGAAUCCCAUCUGCUCUCCAGAGUACUGGAAGCCAAGCACAUUCGGUGGUGAGAUGGGCUUCAAUAUGGUCAAGACAGCCACACUGAAGAAGCUGGUCUGCCUCAACACCAAGACUUGCCCCUACGUUUCCUUCCACGUGCCCGACCCCCACCAGGAUGGCGGGCCUGGUGUGGAGCGGCCAUCCACAGAGCUCUGAGGGGCAGAGCAGCGGAGGGUGGAUUUUGUGUUUGCCGUCCCAGAAUGCUGAGGCUGGGGUUGAUAGUCUCAAAUGUUGGGUCUUUGGUUUGGCCUUGAGAGUAUCAAGAUCAACAUUUAGAACUUUGUGUCUCUCACCCAUUACCUGGAAUAUCGUGGUUUUGUUUGUUAUUCUAGAAUGCUGAAUUCCUGGUGGACCAUCGAGAGUGUUAGGACGGAUUCUUCUUUGGCAUGCUAGGAACAACCUAGAAUAUCAGAUUUCUGGUUGACUUGGGACAUAGGCAUUCUAAAGUGUGGAGCGCCUGAUGAAAUCAUGUAGAAAGGUAGGGGAUUCUUAUUUGGCCUUCUAGAAUUCUGGGUGGCCCUCCAGAAUGUUGAUUUUCUGAUUGGCAGUUCAGAAUGUUGUGCUCCUGGUUGCUGAUCCAGAAUGGUGGCUGGUAUGCCAGCUCGGUCUUGAUCUGAAUGCCUAGAACGGUAAUAGGAUUCAUUUUCCUGUUCAGUGAGAUAUCCACAAAGCAGGAGCACCUAUGGUCUAUCAGGAACACAUUGCCCACCCCGUGACUGCACCAAGGGGGCAAGAGGGCUGGGUGUUCUUCUUGGGACCCUGACUUAGACCCCAGUCCAAGGAGAUAGAGCAAACAGGUGGGCUUUUUCCAGGCCAGCUCUGUCGCCAUCUUUGUCCUGACUCAUGGCAGCUGUUUCUCAUGAAGCUAAAAAAAAUCUUUUUCCAAAUUGCCUGCUAUCUAUUGCUUUUCAUCCCAUUCCAGAAGCAGAGGCGCCCCUGGAGUGGCCUUUCUCCUAGCUGCAGGCUCCAUGUGCUAGAGGUUGCAGCAUGAUACCUUCCAUUGCCCCUGGAGCCUGUCAUCACCAGGCUUUUCCACCACUGGUGCUCCAUUUCCCGCUGUGGGUCAGGCAUUGCCCUUCACAGGCUGCCCUCCUAAAAUAAACAACUCCCCAGCCCCAGGGGACAGAGCAUUCAGUUCCACCAUCUGGUUAAAGCACUUUCCUCCCUUAUAAAGCAUACAAGGGCAGAGAUGAAGGGUAUCUGGGGAGGAGCACACUUACUGUGUGCCAGUUUUCCACAUUCAAUUCUCAUUUAUAUUCUCACCCAAGAGCAUGAAGUAUGCGGUAUAAUCCCCUUUUCAAAAACAAGGGAGCUGAGGCCCAGGAUGGUCCAGUGCCAUGCCCCACAGGAGCCAGAGCCAGGCCAGGGCUUGGUCUGGCUGAGUCUCGGGCUCUGCUCUUCCCUGCUCCAGCUUCCUCUUGCUUCCUGAUUUGACUCAGUUCCAGGCCUGAUCUUGCCUCUCUGGCUCAGGGUCAGAGGCAGAAGAUGGGGUGUAGCUCUUACAUGCUAUUCUUUCAGUCACAAAUAUUUAUUUUGCUGAGUGCUUACUCUACACCAGUCACUGUUACAGGCUUGGGGCUAUAGCAGUGAGUGAUCAAGACAGACAAGGCUUUUGUCUGUGUGGAGCUCACAUUCCACUGCGGGUAGAGCAGAUGAGAAACCAGACAACAAUGAAAUAAGACAAAGGCAGGGUGAGUGUGCUUUCCCUUCUAACCCAUACUAUUCUGCCCUUCCCCUGCUUGGCUCCUGAAACCUGAGACCCUAUCCCAGCCACACAGACCACCCCCAUGCACAGCCCCCCCCCCCCAUAGCCAGCCAAGGGAGGAUAGGUCAGAGAGGAAAGGUAAGAGGUUGGCAAAGUUCCUUCAUGCUCCCCACUUGGGGCUUGGAUUUCCUUAGGAAGAAUAAUGGCCCAGAAAAAUGAGGGAAAAUGGGGUCCAGGCUGAGGGUCCCUGGGGCUGGGGUUCCUGUCUUACAGUCCAGAAAGCCCUUGCUUCUGCUUAGUUGGCUGGGGACUGCUUCCGCCAUUCCUUCCUGGCCCUGUGGAAUACGGAGAAUGCGAUCCUCCUCAGCUCCCCCAGUUGCUCUGCUGAUCAGCGAUCCUUUGGCUGCUGAGAGGCGGGCAUGGAGUGGCUGUCUUGUCCUUGCUUACCUGCUAUCGACUUCCCGUCUUUGCUAGUACCCCUACUUGGCCUGAGAAUCCUCCCUCUCUCAUUAAUUCCCCUCUUGGUGCUUCCAUCAGGGGCCCUAUCAUGGCCAAGGGGUGGGUCUGUGAAUCAAUCCUGGCCAAUCAGAUACCCUCUCCUUUUAAACUGGCCGCUGAGUGGAGUUGGCAUGGAGAUUGAAAUGACCAACCGAUUCAUCCCCACAGCUGGGCUCUGAAGAGAUUGUCCCUUAGUUCCCGCUUUUAAGGUCACUGGGGAAGCCUGGAUUCCUGCCCUUCUCAAGACCUUAGCUUUUCCUUCCAUCCUGGGGGCUGCUCCAUGAAUUCCUCUUUCACUUAAGUUGGUCAGAGUUGGUGCCUUAAUGGCUGUUGGCCUGAGAUGACAGAGCGCUAUGAUGGUCUGAAAGGAAUUUUAAUCAAGGAUGACACAAUUGGGCUAAUGUUUAAGAAAGAGCACCGGGGGGGGGGGCUGGGUGGACAGCAGGAUACAGCAGGAAGGACUGAAGUUUGGCAGAAUGGUGAGGAGGCUGUGGCCGUGGCCCAGCUGAGAUGUGACAGCAGUUGGAGCCAGGUAGAGGGCUGUGGGGAUGGGAUGAUGGGAUGAAUUCCAGGGAUCAUCUUCUCUUGAAUGCAGGUGCCUAGCUGAAGUGGAUUUUGUUUUGUACGGACAACUGUAUGUGAAAUUUUUUUCACAUAGAAACUUAUGUCCAAUGCACCGAGUAAGCUUCUUCAGAGUGAAGGCUCUGACUGCUCAUAAAAUGAUUACUCAUUCCUGGAAUCUUGAUCUGGCAGGUAUGAUGUUUAGUUUUAUGUGUCAACUUGGCUGGGCUACAGUGCUCGGUAAUUUAAUCAAACACGAAUCUUGGUAUGGCUGUGAAGGUAUCUUGCAGACAUGGUGAACAUCUAUAAUCUGUUGACUUUAAGCAAAGAUUACCCUGAUAACAUGGCUGGGCCUCAUCUAAUUAGUCGAGAGGACUUAAGAGUAAAGACAGAUUCUCCAAGAGAAGAAGAAAUUCUGCUUCGAGACUAUAGCAUCAACUCCUGCUUGAGUUUCCAGCCUGCCAUAUGGAUUUCAGAUUUGUUAGCCCUGAUGAAGUGUGAACCAAUCCUAAAAACAAAGCCAUUUAUCUAUCAUCUAUCUAUCUAUCUAUCUAUCUAUCUAUCUAUCUAUCUAUCUAUCUAUCAUCUAUCUAUCAUCUCUCUAUCUAUAUCUAUCAUCUAUCCAGAUCUCUAUCCUCCUAUUGGUUCUGUUUCUCUAGAGAACCCUGACUGACACAGUGGGUGACACUUAGGGCUCUCGGUGCAAACAACAGAACUCCCUCCAGCCCGUUUAAACAGGAAGGAAUUUAUUAGGGAUACUGCGCAGCUCAUGGAACCAGUGGCAGGACCAUAGAAUUAGGCUUGGAGGCUUUGUGCCCAGCAGCCACCGGUCCUGUAAAGACGCCUCUGCUCCUGCCACCGGACGCAAGCAUCUCAGAUGGCACUUCUGCUACCAAAACCCCACUCUUGCUGCCCCUGAGAUCUGGUGGCUUCUCCAGCCACCCCUGACAGAAAGUGGAUUUGUUCUGCAUGGUGCCUGCUUCCCUGCUUUUCUCUACUUAGAAUUACAAUCAUUUUUAUUUCAUGUCUGAUUAGUGGAGCCUAGCCCCCAUGCCUGCACGCUAGCUCAAAGUGGGGGUGGGGAGUGAGUUUUCUGGCUUGCACCCUGGGGAGGAAGGACCCAUAAUGUGAGAAAUUCAUACACAGGAAGGAUGUUCAAAGGGGCUGGGGGACAGGGAAGGUCUACCUCAGUAUUCUUGGGUCCGUUUUGCCUCUGUGGGCCCCAGCCUUAGAACACCGCAAAGAGCAUCACAAUGGCACCAUUGCUGACCCAGCAGCAGCUCAAUAUAAUUGCAAGCAAAGAACGUAAGAAGUGAAAUUUCAGAAGUACAGAACAGUAGAGAUGCAAAGACUCUAGAGUACACAUAGUCCCCUUUUUCUAAGAACUUUGAGUAAAAAGUGUCAAAAAUGUCAGACAUGCCUACGACCAACUUUCCUGCUUAAUCAUGCUUUUCCUAUAAAAAUGGAUUUCAAAAUAGCUUUGUGUGAAUGACAGUAAAGCAUAUUAAAACUUCCAUGACACGUUUCUAGAGCACUCUUAAGGGAACUACAAUAAAACACUUCCAUCAUGAUCUUGA